AGGAGGAUUUUAUCCUCCGUGUAAAUCGUUGUGUUAAGUUGAGAAUAAAGAAAAAUCGCGUUCGCGACAUGGUAGCAGAGCGACUACAUCCACUGCCGAAACUCCAACAUUAAUCUUCCGAGGAGGAAAGCCCGAUUUAAACCGGAGAAGAAUCUUAACGAAGAAAGAGACAAAAAUUACGAAUUCGCUCGAUCAACGAAAUCAACAACAACAGCCGUGAAUUGAACUGUCCUCUUAACUGAAACCGCCGACAAGAUGACAGAUUUAGGCGACAUAAGAAGACUUAUUGGCCCAAGGAAAAGGCAUGUCCUUAUCAACCUUGAAGCAGCGACAGAAAUGAAGGAACAUCCCAUCGAUGGCGAUUUAGAGCAACUUUUGGACAAAACCUGUGACAAGGGAGACCGCCUACAGCAGCAUUUAACUGUUUAUCAAAGCCUUCGCGUGCAACUUGACGCUGCUGCAAAACUCGCUAGUAAAUCAGAACACGAUAAAGUCAUGAAAGAUUAUGAUGAAUUUGUUAAUCUAGUUUUGGAAGCAGAAGACGCCGUGGUAGGAUUGAGCUCAAAAAUGGCCAUGAUAAAGGACCGAAUGGAAUUCAAAUUACAACGAGGGACAAGUAAGGUGAACUUUGAACUCGAAGAGAAGAUGUUAGAGAUCGAACAACAGAAGGCCGAAAUUGAACACCGAAAAUUACAAAUUGAGGCAGAACGACUUACCCUGGAGAAAGAAAAACUGAGGAAGAAAUUAGAAAUUGGUUUCCUAAGUAACUUGGUAGCAUUUACAUCUGCGUCAACGCGUUUGAAUUGUUUUUAA